AUGAAGAAUCAACAUCGGAAUAAACAAAGGGUAUUUGAGAGUAAUCAACAAGAUUAUAUCAGCAAACUUCCCAACAGCAUAUUAUGCAACAUUUUAUCUUUCCUUAAGGUAAAGGAAGCUGUGAAGACCAGUGUUCUAUCAUCCAAAUGGAGACACACUUAUGCCAACCCAACAAACCUUGUUUUGGAUGCAGACAACAUGUUAAAGGGAGAGUACACUGACCCCAACAUUUUCUUGAGAAAUGUCAACCAAUACUUGUCACGAGUUAAAAAUGUCCAAAAGAUUGACAAGUUGAAGGUUUGCUCCACAUUUAGCCACAACAAUGGAUACACUGAUCUUGAUGAAUGGAUUCGUUUUGCCACUAAAAGAAAUGUAGAGGAAGUUGAUCUUUGCUUGUUGGAAGAGAAUCAGCCAAUAGGCACUUCAAAUUAUGGCACGCUCUAUGUUUUCCCUUGUGAUAUUGUUGGUAAUGAGGGUGCAAGUGCAAGUGGCAAGUCAUUCCUGAAGUGUCUGCGGUUGGCACAUUGUGUACUAGCACCCCACAAGUACCAUAACUCUGGCUUUAGUAAACUCACAACACUAGAACUCUUGAAAGUGGAUUUGAAAGCCGAGGUGCAUGUUCAUAUUUUGUUGUCUAGCUGCAACAACCUUGAAUGGUUGGCAUUCUCCAAGUGUUACAAGUUUGAGUGCCUGAAAAUAGAGCACCAGAAGUUGAAGUACCUGAAUGUGAAUCUUUGUGCUCAAUUGAAGGCACUUGUGAUCCACAGCACCAGUUUGGAGACCUUGGAAUAUAAAGGAUGCAGAAUUAAGUUUGAAUUUGUUGCUCCAAGACUUAAAACUUUCUUCAGUCGUGUGAGUGAUUCUACUGCUUGUCAUAGAGAGGUUUGGCCAUUCUUCAGCCUUUCUGUUGAUCUUCCUCAAAUGGAAUCUCUGAUGCUGGAAUGCAGUUGUCAGAUGGGUGAGGUUAUGACUAACAGAUUGCCAACAUUUCCAAGUUUGAGGCAUUUAGAAGUUAUUAAAGUGGCCGUAAAGCGACAAGACCUCCGGUGGGUAGCCAAAAUUCUGAACGCAUGUCCAAUGCUCGGAAGACUAGAGCUUCAUCUAAGGACCUACGUUUGUAUUGAUGAAGAAUUAAGGGAAAUAAAUUUUCCUCCUAGAUGCCUCCACAACCAUCUCAAAGAAGUAACAAUAACCGGCGUUAGAGGUCACUCUAGUGAAAUUGCAAUUGCAAUCUAUCUUCUAAACAACGCAAUUGCACUUGAGAAGAUGACAGUAGAUCCACGUGGAAGAAACUACCUUGGGAAUGGUAAAUGGUAUCACUCAGAAGCUGAGAAUUGGAGCACGGAGGUUAGGCAGAAGAUUCAUAAACAUCUUGAGCAACAAGCUAGUUCAGCAGUGGAAUUAUUGAUCAAGUAA